UUGGAUUCUAUCGACACAUCGAUGGAUGAAUGAAUGAUGGAUGUGAUGUGAUAACUAACGAUCAUGUCUUUUUUUUUCUUUACUUUUUUCUGCAUUGCCAUUCUCAUUUUUGAAAUUCAACAAACAUCGACAUUUUUCCAACAACGUUGUUACUUUUGGUAUUGUACACGACCGUAUUUUCACCUGUCGACUUCAAUACGCCCCUACAGUUUGUCAUACACCAUGGCCUCUCACAAGAUUGCUAAGCCUGCUGGCGCUGCCCCAGCUGAUGAAAUCGAGUUGAGCGUUGCUCAAGCUCUCCUCGACCUCGAGAACAACGUUGCCGAACUCAAGAAGGAGCUUAGACCCCUUCAGAUCUCUUCUGCUAAGGAGGUUGAGAUUGGCGGUGGUAAGAAGGCUAUUGUUGUCUUCGUCCCUGUUCCUCAGCUCAAGGCCUUCCACAAGGUCCAGCAGAGACUCACCCGUGAGCUCGAGAAGAAGUUCUCUGACCGUCACGUUCUCUUCGUUGCUCAACGCCGCAUCAUGCCCAAGCCCACUCGCCACUCUCGCCAGAAGCAGUCUCGCCCAAGAUCUCGCACUUUGACUGCCGUCCACGAGAAGAUCUUGGACGAUCUCGUUUACCCCACCGAGAUUGUUGGCAAGAGAACUCGUGUCAAGGUCGAUGGUUCCAAGACCAUCAAGGUCUUCCUCGACACCAAGGAUGCCACCUCUUUGGAAUACAAGCUUGACACUUUCUCUUCUGUCUACCGCAAGCUUACCGAUUAUUGUGAGAGUGUUUUGUUCCAAUUGCAAGGUGCAUUUUUAUACAUAAUAAAAAACCAAAAGAACAACGGCAAUUGCUUUGUACACCGCCAAUGGUGUUUAAAUUAA